AGAAUCAAAAGAGUCCACAAAGAACCACCAGUGAUUCUUAGAGCUCUUUUGAUUCUUCCAGUGAUGGACUCUUUCGAUUAUCUCGGUGGUGGACUUUUUCGGUUCUGGACUCUUUUGAUCCUCCCGGAUUUUGAGAAUCAAAAGAGUCCACAAGAACUACCAGUGAUUCUUAGAGCUCUUUCGAUUCUUCCAGUGGUGGACUCUUUUGAUUAUCCUGGUAGUGGACUUUUUCGGUUCUGGACUCUUUUGAUCCUCCCGGAUUUUG